AUGUUUAAUUAUUAUAAUUAUUUUAAAUAUCGUUUUUUACAUAUAAAUACAAGCAAACGUUUUCAUGCUUUUACCAAAGUGGUAGGAAAAAUACAAGAAAAUACAAUUAAAAAAAAGGAGAAAAAUAUAAAGCUAAAAGAAAGAGUAAAGCUUAUUAUUUUUAGUUCAUUUUAUUUUUUUGCUUGUGAUUAUUUAUAUCAUGUGUAUAUAUUAAAGGGUAACAAAAAGGUGGAAGAGGGUAAUGCAUAUACAACAAAAGAAAAAAAAGCGUUAACAGAUAAUACCAAGAAAGAUGAAAAUAAAUACCAGAAUAAUGAAAUGAUGCCCAAUUUUAUUAAAUGGAUAAAUAUAUUUUCAAGACCUGAACAAACGAACAAAUAUAUUUUACAAAAGGAUAGACCAAUAAGCAGCGAUCAAAACAAUCAAAGGUGUGAUAAUAAUGAUGAUUUCAUAUGUGAGCAAAUAAAGAAUAACAAUGUAGAUGAUGAAGAUAUAUAUUUAAUAAAAAUAAAUAAUAUAAAAAAAAAAAAAGACGAACAAAAUUAUAAAAGGGAUGAAUUUACUGUCAUUAGAAAUCAAAUAUUUGGCUACAAUAUGGGGAAUGCCAUUGGUGGGAACACAGGCAAAGAACCAACACAAGAAAGAAAUUUUAAAGAAAUAAUUGAAAAUAAUUUAUAUCAAAAAAAUUUAUUAAGUGGAAACAACCUUUUUUUGAUUGCUAAUGGAGUUAUAUUUUUAUGCUGGAGAUUGGGUGAUAUUGCUCGAAAUAAAAAAUUUUACAAUUUUAUGUGUAGACAUUUUAUUUGUUCAUAUGAAAAUAUUAAAAAAAAACAUUAUCAUACCAUUUUUACAGCUACUAUUAGUCAUAUGACAUUGCCACAUUUUUUAUUCAAUAUGUGGGCAUUCCAUACAAUUACUAAUACAUUAUUAUAUCCAGAAAUUAAAGAAAAAAAAACAAAUUACUAUUAUUUUUUUAAUUACAAAUCUAAUAUUUUAGAAAAAAAAGUUACAAAUAAAGAUAUAAUUAAUGUUUGCCUUUUAUCUUCUGUAAUGUCAACUAUUCCAUAUAUUUUACUUAACAGAUAUACUCAACUUUUAGGUGCAUCUGGAGCUAUAAUGGGACUUGUAUAUAUUUUAUCAGUAGUUAAACCCAAUGAAAUAUUUGUUUCUGUAUUCCCGUUUCCUUAUUUAAAACUAUCAGCCCUACAAUUAUGUCAUAUAUCUAUUUUAACAAAUUUCAUUUUUUUAUUUUACAAAAAAAAUAAUUUUAGUAUUGCAUGGUCAGCACAUUUAUUUGGUUUACUGGGUGGUGCAAUAUACAGCUAUUAUCAAAGAAAAAUAAAUAACAACUAUAAUUAUUAUCCCUUUAUUCAAUUAUCUAUUCAAAAUGGUUACCUUGAUUACACAAAUACAUAUCUAGAUUUAUUAGAUUUCAUAAAAACCUUAAAGCUUCAAACUAUAUCUUUUUUUUCAUUAGAUUACCGAAAUAUACAACAAAUAAACAAACAAUUAUACAUGAUCCAAUAUACAAAAUCACAAAGACGCGCAAAAAUCCAUGCAAUGAAAAUUAAUAAUUUGAAACAAAUGGAAAAGUGA